AAUCAUCAGACAUUGGCUAUAUAUGGGACACCAAAUUACAGAUUUUUUCUCUCUCUUUUAAUCAGGUCAGAAAUGUCAAGCACAAAUGGCCCAUCGCUGUUGCGUCUGGGUGUCACAGUGACGAUGGCAGGUGUCAUCUCUCUGGGCGUUGUGUUUUUCUGGUUCUCACCUUCACACAACUGUCCACCUCCAGUUUUUAGACAAGACCAAAAUUCACAAAUCAACUCUGCCAAGAGCAACAACUCUGUAACUGAAAAAGCAGAGGAGAAACCUAUAGUUCUGUUAUGGGUUUGGCCUGAAAGUUAUAGGUUUGAUUUCAGUGACUGCAAAAAGUUUUACAAUAUUGAUAAUUGUCAUCUGACGGAUGAUAGAGCUCUGUACAGCGAUGCAGAUAAUGUCAUCGUUUAUCACAGAGGCAUCAGCUGGGAUCUGUCCAACCUUCCUCCAUCUCCUCGUCCUCCGUUCCAGAGGUGGAUUUGGUUGCAUUUGGAAUCGCCAACCAACACCAAAAGGAUCCCAGGUCUGGAAAACCUGUUCAAUCUCACUCUCAGCUACAGACAGGAUGCUGAUAUUCCUGUACGGAUGCGCUUGAUGACCAGGAAGAAACCUAAUGAGGAUUUUGUGAUUCCCAAAAAGGACAAACUGGUGUGUUGGAUUGUAAGUAACAAGGAUCCAUCAACUGGUGUUGACACAAGGAAUGUUUUUUACAGGGAAUUCAGCAAAUACAUCCAAGUGACUUUGUUUGGAAAGGCUUUUUCAAGGUUUCUGGGUUACGACGACUACUAUCCAACCAUGGCUAGUUGCAAAUUUUACCUUGCUUUUGAGAACUCCAUCCACAAAGACUACAUCACUGAGAAGUUAAAUGGGCCACUCGCGGCAGGUACCGUCCCUGUGGUGUUGGGUCCUCCGAGAAGAAACUAUGAAAACUUUGUUCCUGCUGAGUCCUUCAUUCACGUCAAUGACUUCCCUGAUGCAAAGUCACUAGCCGAAUAUCUGCUUCAGCUGGACAAGGAUGAAGAUGCAUAUCGCAAGUACUUUAACUGGAGGAAACAUCUCACUCCAAGUCCUCAUUUAAUAUUACAGACACAAGAGUUUAUUCUGGCUAUUUGCACUGCCUGUGACCAUGUAGCACGACGCAAGGAAUAUAAAGAAGCUCAUGAUCUCUAUGAUUGGUACUUCAAUUAAAGUUACCUCAGAUUUUCUUACAUUAUCAGUU